UCUCUCUCUCUCUCUCUCUCUCUCGCCCUCUCUCUCUCUCUCUCUCUCUGUCUCCGGUAAUGUUCCGGUAAGGAUACAACACGCCCCUCUCCGCCCCUGCCGCGAGACAGGUGGUUGGACUGUAAAUGCCUCCAUCCGCGAGCGCUCCCUCUUAGAAUAAGAUUAGAAUAAAAAAAAGAAAAAAAAAAAGAAAAAAAAAAUACCCCGAGCGAGCGCGUCCCCGAUGGACUCCCAGCGUGUGACCUCCCCGAUCACCGGGCGGAUAGCGGGAGAGGGGGGCAACAACAACCGGAACGCACGAGGAGAGCCCCACCGAUUCGACUACCUAAUGUUUUCCGGCGAGUCGCUCCAGCUGCUGUUCACGGGAGGGGGUCUACCGAGGGACGAAUGAGAUGCGCGAGUGAAAAGUUGACACAAUUUUUGGUGGGAAUUUGCAUCCGAGAGGCGGCGGCGGCGUGCGGCGGGAUCAUUUUCUUGACUAUCCUCCCGGUUUUGGAAGUCCCCCCCUCCCUUGUGUGUGUUCGAGGUUCAUUAUGGCUUCAGGCGCCGGUAAGGCUGCACAGCCUCCCCCCGGGCCGGGCUCCGCCGUUAACGGGACUGCGGCAGACUUCCAGAACAUCGAGCAGGAGCUGUACGACUACCAGAUGCACAGCAAGAUGUGCAAGAAGAUCGCUCAGCUCACCAAGGUGAUUUAUUCUCUGAACAUGAAGAAUGAGGAGCAGGAGGCGGCCCUGCAGUCCUUGAGCCACGCCCACCACGAGGAGCUGCACCGCAUCCUGAUGGAGACGUGCCACGAGGGGGAGGGGUCAGCGCUGAGGACACGCCUCCUGGAGCUGCAGGAGUCUCUUGAUGAGCAGCAGAGAGUCGGAGCCCAGGUGCAGGCGGACUUCGAGUGCUUCCGUAUACACAUGGGGGAGAGGGAACGUGAAACCGAGGCGGAGCUGAGGAAGGAGUUCGAGGAGAGGCUCCAGUUUGCCGAGGAGGAGCUGCAGGAGGUCAAGGCCCAGAUGAGCGACGCCCAAGAGGAGAGCGACCGUCUGAGCAAGGAGCUGGAGAAGGCCGAGGAGCAGAUCCAGGAGCUGGAGGCCAAAUGUGAGGAGCUGCAGAAACAAGCCGACGAGAGGGGACGGAGCGAAGGCGAGGAGAAACAGAAAGAGGAGGAGGAGGCGGACUUGAAAAGAGUGAAGGCCCUCUUGGAGGAGGUGAGGGAGCUGAAGGAGGAGAGGGAGCGAGCCGAGGCGGAGAGGAGGCGAGCGCAGAAGGAGGAGCGGGAGCAGUGGGAGCGGAGGAUGGGCGACCUGACCGAGGAGAGCGAGGAGGCGCGGAGGAGGAUGGAGGCGGAGUGGAGGGAGGAGCGGCGGAGGUGGGAGGAGAGGGAGGAGGAGGAGAAGAAGGGGAUGCACAGCGCUCUGAGGGAGCGGGUGAAGAGGGCCGAGGCCGAGGCGGAGAGUCACCUGGAGAGGUUGGCCGAGAGCAAGAGGAACGCGGUCAAACUGCAGGAGCGGAUACAGGACCUGGAGGAGGAGCUGGAGCUGGACCGGAGGCGUGUCUCCGAGGCAGAGGGCGUGGCCAAGCGGGCGGAGGAGGAGCUCGGGGUGGCUAAGGAGAGGCUGCUGCUGCAGGAGGACGAGCUGCAGAGCCGAGCAGAGGAGCUGCAGAACCGCGGCGGCUGCGAGGUGUGCGUGUGUGCUGAGGUGGACGAGCUGAGGAGCCAGGUGAGCCGGCUGCAGAGCAAGAACAGAGAGCUGGAGCUGCAGAGCAGUGGCAGGAACAGUGACCACGCCCGGCAGAUACGCCAGCAUGCCGAGGCUCUGUCCAGUUUGCGCUCCGAGAUGGUGAGAGCUCAGACAGAGGAGCUGCGUCGUAUCCAAAAGCAUGCAGAUGACGAGAGGGACAAGCUGCAGAAGGACAUAGAAGAGGAGCGAGAAACCCUGCAGAAGGAGAGAGAGCAAGAAAAGGACGAGUUUGACAGAGUGCAGAGGGAGAGAGAGGGGGAGAAGGAGGCACUGCACAAGGAGGUGGAGGAGAUGAGAGAGCGUCUGAGGAGGGAAAAGGAGGAGGAGGUGGACCGGCUGCGGAAGGAGCUGGAGGUGGAGAGGGUCCGCGGCCGCUCGCAGUUGGACAAGAGCAUUGAACAGGUGGAGCAGGAGAGGGCCAACGUGCAGCAGAAGCUGGAGGAGGAGAAGAAGAGGCUGGUGGAGAAGGCCGAGGAGGACAGGAAGCGGCUGAAGGAGCAAGUGCGGAAGGCGAUAGAGGAGGUGAUGAGGAGGCAUGCGGCCGAACUUCAAAACGUCCAGGAAGCUCUGAGCUCAGAGAAGAAGACCAACCAAGAGGUGUGUGCACAUUUGGAGGUGGAAAGGAGAAGCACUGAGGAGCUCCGCAGUUUGCUGGAGAAGGAAAGAGAGGAGCUGAGGACAAAACUGAGGGACGCUAAUAACGAGAUCUGCAGGCUGGAAUCAGUCAUCCGAAAACAAGACAAGAAAGAGAAGGUGGCCCCCGACGCCGCGCCCUCGUGUGGGCCGCAGUGCUGCCGCCAGGAGGAGGAGCUCCACCAGACCCGGACUCGGCUGGCUCGCUUACAGGAGGAAGCGGACAAGCAGCGGGAGAGGCAGCAGCGGGACGUCGCGUCCCUGAGAGCCGACAAACACCGUCUGGAGGAGAAGGUCCUGGAGCAGAGCCGACUGAACGCCGAGAGGAGUCUUCUGGAGCAGGGUCAGCGGCACACCGAGGACCGGAUCAGGGCAGAGUGUGAGGAUCGUCUCCGAGCCGAGUUCAGGAUCGAGAUGAACGCCGCCGUGGCUGAGAGCGAGCAGAGGUGGCAGAACAGAGAGCAGGAGAUGCAGACGCAGAUUUCUGAGCUGCAGAGUCAACUGAGCGAAGAGCAGGAGCAGGACGAGAAAAAGAAGGCGGGCUCCGGAGACGAUUGUCAUGGCAACCCCGAAAUUGACAGGCUGCGGAAAGAGGUCCAAGACACCAAGGAGAUAAACAAGAAGCUGAGGGAGCUGCUGCAGGAGCCUCAGAGUCAGUCUUCAGCAGAGGAGAAACACAAUCACUCCGUGGCUCUGCAGGCUUUGGAGAGACAGGCCAAAGAAGACCUGCUGUCUGAGAGGAACCGACUACAGACAAUGCACCACCUGGAGCUGGAUAAGCAGCGAGCAGAGUUGACCCAGCAGCACACGGAGUGGAGCAGACAGAUGACCCAGAGACACAUGCAGCAGAUAGAAGACCUGCAGGCUCAGCUACAGGCACACACACAGAUGAUGGCCCUGCAACAGGACCUGAAGCAGCAGAACCAGUACCAGGUGUUCGAGCGGCAGCUGGAUGAGAGUCGCUGUGCCAUGAUGGAGCUGCAGAGAGAGAAUGCCACACUGAAGAAGCAGUUGAAGGAAAAGUCGGUGCAGCUGAAUCCCAAAACGGAGGAGAAAGAGGAGGAGCCUGUGGAGCUGCACAAGAAGAAGGACGCCCAGCUGGAGGAGGAGGCGCAGCGUCUGAAGGAGGAGGUGGAGAAACUGCGGGUGGAGAUGGAGAAACUGGAGGAGUCCCAGAAGCACUGGGAGGAGAAGAAAGAGGAGGACGUGAAGGAGGAGGAGGUGGACGAGGAGAAGAAGAAGGAGCGCGAGGAGGAGAAGAGGAGGGAGGAGGUGGAGGAGAUCAGGAGGGAGCACAAGAAGGAGAUGCAGAGUCUGGUGUCGGAGUACAGCAGCGCGCAGACGCACCUGCAGGCUCGCAUCGUGGCCUUGGAGAAUGAAUUUAACUGCAGGCUGCGCGAGCGGGAGGAGCGCUGCAGGAGGAGGGAGCCCCGCUGUGACGAUCUGCAGCUGGGGAGGCUUCAGGAGAGGCUGACGGAGAGGGACCAGCUCAUCAAACGACUAGUGGAAGAGAGGCAUCAGCUGCAGCUCCACCCUCCUGUUGCCGGGGACAACAGCACCCUCAGGCACCGUGACAGCAAGUCCCGCCCGGGGAGCGCCACGCCGACCAUGAGGAAGAAGCGUGCCGAGUCUCCCCCUCGGGUGACCAGCGCCUCCAGCGCCGCUGCCUACGACAGGAGCAUCUUCCUCCCCCAGUCCUCCUCGUCGUCUUCCUCCUCCUCUGUCCAUCAGCACUCCUCCUCCACCCUCCCUCACCAGUCCUCCUCCCACCCUCAGACCUCCCCCCACUACUCCUCCUCCUCUCUUCCACACAAGCACACCUCCCUCUCCCUCAGCCAACAGUCCUCCCCCACCCUCCCCCGCUCCACCCGAUCCCGGACGUCCUGCAUCCCUCCCACCCCGGCGCCCACCGCCCCGCUCCCCGUCUGCCCCUCGGCGCAGACGGGCAUCCGCUACGUGUCGCCGUCUUGCCAGGCCCAUUCAGUCAGGGGCCCGUACCUGGAGCAGAGAGGGACAGAGGGUCUGAAGCAGGAGUGGUUCACAAAAUACUUCUCCUUUUAAGCACAAAAACACCCAUAAACACACACACACACACACACACACACACACACACACACACACACAGCAACUGCAAGUACAUUUCUUCAUAUACAGUUCAUCGCUUCUUAUACACAUCUGUUUGCUUCCAACACACACACACACACACACAUCAACACACACAUGGGCUCAUCACCAGCAAGGCCAUCUCAAACAUUGCCUCAAAGCUCAACCAAAAAGUGCUUCUCGAACACAUGCCUGACCUCGUCUCAGAACAAAGGUCUGCCGGAUCUUGUUUGUAUAGUUUGGAAUGUCUCCGUAUCUUUUUUUUUUUUUUUUUUUUUAACGCAGUCUUCCUUUUAAAAACAACAAAAAAAAACAAACAAACAAAAAUAAAAUGCAACCUCUGCUCCAAUCUCAUCCCACGUUCAGUCCGGGCAAAAUGUACAUUUUUAUUACGAUGAACAAAGCGUCUCUUUGAGUAUGGAAGCAUCCGACGUAUUCAACCAAGAUCCUCGUCAAAAACAAACCGGACACACACGACUCUCACCAUACCAAAAUGAAGCUUGUUCCAAUGCAAAAAUGUAUGAUACUCUUAAUGAACAAAUUGAAUAAAAAUAUUUUGUUUUUG